AUGACAAGCUCUCUUUGCAGUCUUGGUCAUUCUAGAAGCAGCAUCUUGUAUAACAAAACUUAGGAACUACAUGAGAAAUUAGAGUGGUGCUUGCACAGACCACACCUUUGGAAUACUAGCUACCACAGGAUCCAGGGCAUUCACAAUGAGCAUUAGUGAAGAUGACGUGGAGAAGUUUCUUGACAGCAAUCCUGCUUUUGCCAAGCAGUAUUUUGAGAAGAAACUAAGAACAGAGUCCUGGGAUACCAAUGAGAGUGAAAUACUUUUUGAGUUAAUCCAGGACAUGCAAGAAAGCAUCAACAUGGAGAAAGUUGUUUUCAAGACCUUGAGAAGAAUCAGGUCCCUUAUUCAUGCUGACCGCUGUAGUCUGUUCAUGUACAGACAGAGAAAUGGUACACCUGAACUGGCAACAAGGCUUUUCAACAUCCAAGAUGCAAGUACUCUGGAGGAAUGCCUGGUCUCCCCAGACUGUGAGAUUGUCUAUCCUUUGGACAUAGGCAUUGUGGGCUAUGUUGCACAGACCAAGAAAACCAUGAACGUCAAGGAUGUCAAUGAGUGUGCCCAGUUCAGUUCAUUUGUUGAUGAGCUCACCGACUACACUACAAAGAACAUUCUUGCUACACCCAUCUUGAAUGGCAAAGAUUUGGUUGCUGUCAUUGUGGCCAUUAACAAGCUCAAUGGACCAUACUUCACCAGCUCUGAUGAAACACUUUUUCUGAAGUACCUGAAUUUUGCAUCCUUGAACUUGAAAAUUUAUCACUUGAGUUAUCUUCACAAUUGUGAGACUCGAAGAGGCCAGGUGCUUUUGUGGUCAGCUAAUAAGGUUUUUGAAGAACUGACAGACAUUGAGAGGCAGUUCCACAAGGCUUUUUACACGGUGAGGGCAUACCUGAACUGCGAUCGGUACUCAGUGGGUCUCCUGGACAUGACGAAGCAGAAGGAAUUUUUUGACCUGUGGCCAGUCGAGCUGGGAGAAGUACCCCCCUACUCAGGACCUCGCACCCCAGAUGGCAGGGAAAUAGUCUUUUACAAGGUGAUUGAUUAUAUAUUACAUGGAAAAGAAGACAUUAAAGUAAUUCCAAAUCCUACCCCAGAUCACUGGGCGCUAGUUACUGGACUGCCAGCCUACGUGGCUGAAAGUGGAUUUAUUUGCAACAUUAUGAAUGCUGGUGCAGAUGAGACGUUUAACUUCCAGGAGCGUCCUCUAGAUGAAUCAGGAUGGACUAUCAAAAACGUUCUCUCCAUGCCAAUAGUGAACAAAAGGGAAGAAAUUGUUGGUGUUGUCACAUUUUAUAACAGAAAAGAUGGGAAACCAUUUGAUGAACAGGAUGAGACCCUCAUGGAGUCCUUGACACAGUUCCUGGGUUGGUCUGUACUCAACACAGACACAUAUGAUAAGAUGAACAAACUGGAGAACCGGAAGGACAUUGCUCAGGACAUGGUGCUCUACCACGUGAAAUGUGACAAGGAUGAAAUCCAGGAAAUUCUGCCAACACGAGAAAAGUUGGGGAAGGAGCCAAGUGAGUGUGAGGAAGAAGAACUGGCAAGCAUUCUGAAAGAAGAACUCCCAGAGCCCACUGAGUUCGAAAUCUAUGAGUUCAGGUUCUCCGAUUUUGACUGCACUGAGCUAGAGCUGGUGAAGUGUGGCAUUCAGAUGUACUACGAGCUCGGCGUGGUUAAAAAGUUCCAGAUCCCACAGGAGGUUCUGGUAAGGUUCGUGUACUCUGUCAGCAAAGGCUACCGGAAGAUAACUUACCACAACUGGCGUCAUGGCUUCAAUGUUGCACAGACCAUGUUCACACUCCUGAUGACUGGCAAACUGAAGCGUUACUACACAGACCUUGAAGCCCUUGCAAUGGUAACAGCUGCUCUGUGCCAUGAUAUUGACCACAGGGGAACCAACAACCUUUACCAAAUGAAAUCUCAAAAUCCUUUAGCUAAACUUCAUGGAUCCUCAAUUUUGGAGAGACAUCACUUGGAGUUUGGAAAAUUCUUGCUCUCUGAAGAGUCACUGAAUAUAUGUCAGAACCUCAAUCGCAGGCAGCAUGAGCGCAUGAUUCACCUGAUGGAAAUUGCCAUUAUAGCAACGGACCUGGCACUCUACUUCAAAAAGAGAGCGAUGUUUCAAAAGAUUGUUGAUGAGUCUAAGACAUACGAUAGUGUGACGGCCUGGACUGAAUACCUGUCUCUGGAGACAACAAAGAAAGAGGUUGUCAUGGCCAUGAUGAUGACUGCCUGUGACUUGUCAGCAAUCACAAAACCUUGGGAAGUCCAGAGUAAGGUGGCUCUACUGGUAGCAGCUGAGUUCUGGGAGCAAGGGGACCUAGAAAUAAAUGUCCUACAGCAACAGCCUAUUCCCAUGAUGGACCGAAGGAAAGCUGCUGAGCUUCCAAAGCUUCAAGUGGGUUUCAUUGACUUUGUGUGCACAUUUGUCUAUAAGGAAUUUUCCCGUUUCCAUGAGGAAAUUCAGCCCAUGCUUGAUGGGCUGCUGAACAACAGAAGUGAGUGGAAGGCCCGUGCUGAUGAGUAUGAUGCAAAAAUGAAAGCUCUGGAGGAAGAGAAGAAAAAAGAGGAUGAAAGAAUGACUGCAAAGAAAGGUGGGAUAACCUGUAAUGGAGGAACAGCUCCAGCUUCCAAAACCUGUACCAUACUUUAG